AAUAAAGAAAGUUUGGUGGGGAAGCCGCAGCGUGCACUUUGCGGUGUGCACCAGGACAGACAUUCCGAUUAUUCUUCACCGAUAUCUAUACAUACACACAUACAUAUAUCUCAUUCUCUCUCUCUACUCCAGUCGAGAUCAUCAAUGGCGAAACUCAAAUGCAGAUGCAAUGUGUUCUUCGCAAUCUUCUUCUUCUUCACAGUUGUUCUAUUCACAUACGCUUCAUCACUAAAGGAAGGACAAACGUGUGUAGAUAACGGUAACUGUGACUUAGGGUUACAUUGUGAAGCGUGUGUUGCAGACGGCAAUGUUCGCCCUAGGUGUACUCGUAUUCAGCCUUUGAGUCCGUUUUCCAAGGUGAAAGGAUUGCCGUUCAAUCGGUACUCGUGGUUAACGACGCAUAAUUCGUUCGCGAAAUUUGGAGAGAAAUCGGCUACCGGUUCCGUUGUUCUAGCUCCGACGAAUCAGCAGGAUUCUGUUAGCUCUCAGCUCGAUAAUGGUGUGAGAGGACUGAUGCUUGAUAUGUAUGACUUUGAGAAUGACAUUUGGUUAUGUCAUUCCUUUGGUGGCAAAUGCUUCAACUACACGGCUUUUCAACCUGCUAUCAAUGUUCUGAAAGAGAUCCGGGUUUUCCUAGAAAAGAAUCCAACCGAGAUCAUAACCAUAAUCAUUGAAGAUUAUGUUACGUCACCAAACGGUCUAACUAAUGUCUUCAAUGCUGCUGGUCUGAGGAAAUACUGGUUUCCAGUAGCCCAAAUGCCAAGUGAUGGUAGGGACUGGCCCACAAUUGACUCCAUGGUCCGCCAAAAUCACCGUUUGGUAGUUUUCACUUCCAAAUCUUCUAAACAGGCGACUGAAGGGAUUGCUUAUGAGUGGAAGUACUUGGUUGAAAACCAAUACGGAACAGUCGGGAUGAAAAGUGGUUUAUGUCCUAACCGUGCUGAGUCAGCAGCAAUGAACACUACAUCAAGAUCACUGGUUUUAAUGAACUAUUUCCCAGAUACCCCUGAUCUUACCCAAGCUUGCAAGCACAAUUCAGACCCGUUAAUGAACAUGAUAAACACAUGCCAUGAUGUAGCUGUUAAACGUUGGCCUAAUUUCAUUGCUGUUGACUUUUACAAGAGAAGCAAUGGUGGGGGUGCACCUGCUGCUGUAGAUAUGGCUAACGGGCAGCUGGUUUGUGGUUGUAACACCAUUGCAGCAUGCCGGCCAAACAUGACCAUUGGAGCCUGUAACUACCCAGAGGCUGGAGCUGCUCCAACUCCAACUACAACUUCAGCAAUAAAAAGCUCCGGGAACAUGGAUGCUCAACCGGGUCAACUUUUAUGGUUGUUUAGGUCGGGUUUGAUAGCUAUAACCUUGUGUUUUUAAAGUAGUUUAGACUUAAGAAAUUUCCCACUUCAUUAGGUAGGUUUUAAGGUAGCCAGCCAUUCAUGUUAUAUCUACAAAUUAGCAACUCACCCUCCCUUCUAAUGUCCCGGAAAAUUGAUUCUUAAAUUGUAUAAAUCAUCAUAGUGUUGUGUUUGAUUC